GAGGUCCCAAACCCUCCCGCCAGCCGACCUCCUGCCCUCCCCAGGCCUUGGCUGGGCUUCUCGUGGCCACGCUCUGUGACGAUGACCACAUGGAAGUCAAAAGCCGUGCACCCUCUCUGGACGGGCCCAGUCCCCGUGCCCGGGGGCUCCCGGCAGUCCCCCAUCAACAUCCGGGCCAGGGACAGCGUCUAUGACCCCCGGCUGAAGCCACUCCAGGUCGCCUAUGACGCGGCAUCCUGCAUGUUCGUCUGGAACACGGGCUACCUCUGCCAGGUGGAAUUUGACUCUGCCACCGAGGGGUCAGGAAUUAGUGGCGGGCCCUUGGAAAACCACUACAGACUGAAGCAGUUCCACUUCCACUGGGGAGCAGUGAACGAGUGGGGCUCGGAGCACACGGUGGACGACCACGUGUACCCGGCAGAGCUGCAUUUAGUUCACUGGAAUGCUGUGAAAUACCAAAGCUACCAGGAAGCCGUCACGGGAGAGAACGGCUUGGCUGUGAUAGGUGUGUUUUUAAAGCUGGGAGCCCCGCACCGGGCGCUGCAGCGGGUGGUGGACGCCCUCCCGGACAUACGGCACAAGGACUCACGGGCGGCCCUGGGCCCCUUCGACCCCUGCCGCCUGCUGCCCGCCUGCCGGGACUACUGGACCUACGCAGGCUCCCUCACCACCCCGCCGCUGGCCGAGUCGGUCACCUGGAUCAUCCAGAGGCAGCCCAUUGAGGUGGCUCCGAGCCAGGUAACCUGCGUGGCAGGACUUGUGGGCGACGUCCCUCUUGUCCGGCAGUUUCCCUAAGUCAUUGCGACCGAGCGUCACAGAGUUUUAUUCUUUGGUGCGUUUGGAUGCUCCUGCACAAGGAGGGUUUCCAACUGAAACAGGGGCUUGCUGAGACUGGACACAGGCCCCACUAACCACAGCUCUUCCCACCCUGAGACGUGGGGGGACCGACACGGGGAGACAGCGCGUGGUGGUGCUGUCUGCUCUCCCAUGGUCCCGCACCCGGGCGUGGCAGGGCCCUGAGCACACGGCUGAACGUAGGGCAGGUGCUCCCCCGUCUCUGUCUGGGUAAAGUUGCUGUGAAAACAGAAGUGACACCCCCACUGGCCCCUGAGUCCUAGCCCAUAAUAGGAACUCAAGAGGCAUUUGUAAACGAAGUCAUUAACCAAGAAAGGAUGUCACAGAUGCAGGCUGGACAUUGGUCACAGAAGUAGGACCACUGAGGGACAGGAGAUUUUAGAGUUUGUUCCGCUUCUUUGGGUGAUGGAGCAGUGAGAAAUGUAGACGGCCGAGGGUGUUCCCACACGCUGUGUGAGAGGCUGGAGAACCAGACAGGACCAGCGAAGAGCGUAGGCAGACUGUACCAGUCAGCUGUUGCUGCAAUGGUGCCGCGUAACAAAACACCCGACAGCGGCUCGCGGCAGCAUUUAUUGUUCCUGCUCAGGGGUCUGAGUGUUGGCUGGAGGCUCCUGGCUCUGGAGGGCGGAGCUUUAUGGAAGGCUGUGGUUGGGGCUGGGUGUGGUCCAGCAUCUCCCAUGUGUCCUGGACCAGCGGCUGCCAGCGCAGGGUCUCAUGGUGAGUGACAGAGGCCAGUGGCACACGCACCCCGAAGCCCCCGCUGGCCUCACGUGUACUCUCGUCCUGUUGGGCAAAGCAAGGCUCCACGAUAAGGCUGUGGAGUGACCUAGCAGGUGCCCUAACCUGUCACGUGCACACACACAAGAAGCUGAGAGCCGUUGUCCCAGGGUCAUGGGUCUGCCGUGGUUUUUAUUUCCUUCCUUUAUUAUCUAAAUAUUCUAAUUUUUUUCUAAAAUGAGUAUAUCAUAGUUGUACACUUUUUAAAAAGUCAUACUAUCUUCCCUCUGGAAGUCUUAAGACUCUGGGAAUUCUGCCUGUGGAAGGCGGUUGGAGCUUAGGGACGGCAGACACGCAACAGCGACCGGCCUCCCCGCCCGAGUGAUCCGAACUCUGUGGUGGCAGCCGCAGUGCUGUAGUGCCUUGCCUGGGCCCACACGCACCGUCACUUCCUCCGCGUUUGCGGGUCACGCGGAGCUGUCCUGCUCCAACACGGGAGGGGACCGUGCAGGCACGAGGGUGCCGGGGCCGCCCGCCGCCCUGCGCCAGCUCCCACCGCCCGUGUCUCCCCAGCUGGCCGCGCUGCGCUCACUGCUGGGCUCUGCCGCCGGCGAGGAGGACAUGGUGCUGGCCAACAACUACCGUCCGCUGCAGCCCCUGCUCCACCGGCAGGUCCGCGCGUCCUUCCAGGCCACUGCGGAGGGUCCGCGUGCAUAGGCGGGGCCCACUCUGAGAAGAGGAAAUGUUGUUUCCCGAGUGUCACAAUCCGAUCCUUUGUGGCUUUUGAAAUUAAAAAGAAAGAGAUUGUUGUUUUA